AACAUGCUAUCUUAUUCAAACUUACGAACAAACAAAUCCCUGAAUAGCGAAUCCAGCCGAGUAAAACUGGGACAAAACAUGUAAUCCGAACAAUGUCAGCGGUAUUACUCAUAAGUAGGAAGUUCAAGAUGGCGGACGUUGAUGCACGGGUAUCUUCAGUAAGUUUUCAAUACCGUUUUUCGUCGCUUGAUUUAUCGGUAUGAUUAUCAAGUAUCUAUAAGAGUAGCCAGUUUUGGAUAAUGUCUGCCAAUCCACGGCCUCUUCGUCUUCCUCCUAUGCCAAAAGUGGCUGACCUCCUUCGUGUGUAUGGGCUGUCUGCGAAGAAGCAACUUAGCCAAAAUUUCAUUCUUGAUCUGAACAUUACAGAUAAGAUUGCAAAAGUUGCAGAUGUGUUUGAUUGCCAUGUUUGUGAAGUAGGAGCAGGGCCAGGAUCACUUACGAGGUCCUUGCUACAUGCUGGAGCCAAACAUAUUGCUGCUGUGGAAAUUGACAGGAGAUUUCUUCCCUCUUUAGAAAUGCUUGAAAGUGCCAGCAGAGGAAGACUGUCAAUACAUCAUGCAGACAUCAUGAAGUUUUACAUACCAGAUGCUCUACCAAAAGCUGAUGCUGUGCAUUGGCACACAGAAGUUCCAGGUGUUCGUAUGGUGGGAAAUCUUCCAUUCAAUGUAUCUAUUCCUCUUCUUCUGCAAUGGCUUGAAGCAAUUCCACAGAGAGCUGGGCCAUUCACUUUUGGUAGAACACCAAUGGCACUUGUGUUUCAGAAAGAAGUGGCAGAGAAUAUCCAAGCUCCUCCUGGAGAUAAGGAAUGCACACGCCUUUCCAUUAUGACACAGUAUCUGUGUGAAGUCAACAAGAAAUACUUGAUACCGCGCAAAAUAUUUGUACCAGAACCAAAGGUUGAUGCCAUGUUGUUACAUUUUGUACCACGAGUCACACCCCUUAUUGAAGCUCCUUUCGUUGUUGUGGAGCAAGUAGUGAAAGCAAUAUUCUCAGAAAGACGAAAAACCAUCAGAAAUUCGUUACGAACACUGUUCCACACAAAGCCAGAAUUAUCGGACGAGCUAUUAGAGAGGACAGGGGUUGAUCCCACUCUACGGCCUAACCAAGUUAACUUCGAGGAUUAUGAGAAAAUUUGUCGCUCGUUUCUAGAAGUAUCACGUGAACAUGACAUGCCAAUCACGCCUCUUAGAGUACGCAAGCCUGUUGCUGUGGCAACGAGGAAACUCACUGGCGUGGAUAUUCACACCAGUUAUCAAAUCACUCAGUAAUAUAGGCCUUACUUCAGCGGAUAAGGAGAAUCGUCAUGGUGUUGUAGUGUGACAGAAUGGCCUUUCGAUCUGUCAUGCCACUCUAGCCAAUAUAAUUUCACGAUCCCGUUCUUAUUUAGGAAACACAGAUACUGUCAAGCUUAAGAUAACAAGCGUAACACGUUCCAUCUCUGGCAUACAAUUUUUAGGCGUGCGAUGAGAAUAUUAUGAUGGUUAUGUCGAGUCGGCAACCGCGGAAAAAAAAUGGAUUGCGUCAUGUAUCACUUUUUAGUUUCUUUGCAAUCACUUUUCAGCGGGCUAUUCGUCGGAGUAACAAUUGGGGUUAAUUCUCAAUUCUACCUUACAGGGAAUGACUAAUUUGCAAUGUAGAGGGUAGAACCAGAGAAAGAUAAUUAUAAAUUACAGGUGGCUGUCUGUGUAUUCAGCGUAAUUAUCGGUUUGAUAAAGCCAUAUCGAAAGCGAAUGGUAAUAUCUAAAACGUUUUGGUUAUUCUAAAAAUGAACUGGCUCUAACUUGAAGAUUAGAUGGAGAGAGUUUGAAUACUCUGUAAAUUCAAGUUAGUUUGAGAGAGCGCAAAGAUCACAAAUAUGGUGUUUAGGCCGUCGCUGGAUUUCCCCCUUAGGUGGAUUUCCCCCUCAGACUUGGAUCUUUUGUUAACAAUUGCCCCUGCAAAAUCAGUCUAACUACAUGUGUAGGGCCCAUGGCGGUUCAAUGCCUUUGAAUAAAAUCAAGAAGUAUUUGCAAAA